AUGCAACGCACAUGGCAGUCCGAGUGUACGUGGGACCAGCGUUUGCCUACCGAUAUCCGCGCAGAUUGGUCGCAGUUCGUCGACGAACUACCCGCGUUAGCCAACGUGCGUGUUCCGCGCUAUUUAAAUACAACCGCCGGAGCUCAGUGUUCGUUGUAUGGAUUCUGCGACGCGUCGCAACGCGGCUAUGCCGCGGUAGUGUUUUUGCGCACCCAUGAUGCCCCACGCGCAUCGUCGGUCAUGUUGGUCGGUUCCAAGACCAAAUUGGCGCCGCUUAAACCGUUAUCGAUUCCGAGGCUCGAGCUGAAUGCCGCCGUAUUAUUAUCGCGCUGGAUGAGCCGAAUAUUUUUAUUAUUAAAUACGCGCAUCGACAUCAUUGACAUGUGUGCCUGGACGGAUUCGUCGAUUGUAUUGUCAUGGUUAACAGUGCCCCACGACACGUUCAAGCAAUAUGUGUCGAACCGUGUUCACCAGGUACAAACGUUGUUACCAAGUUGUCAAUGGCGUCACGUCAGCUCGGAGAUGAACCCAGCUGAUUGUGCGUCCCGUGGGUUGAUGCCGUCUGAGUUGCCGCACCACAAGUUAUAUUGGCAAGGGCCCGACUUUCUCCGAGACCCUCCACAUGAAUGGGGGAGCGACAUCGCGCGUUUGUCCGUUGCGGAAUUGCCUGAAGUAAAAUCCAUGGCCCCCGCAGUUUGUCUUGCCGCACCUACAGUCGAAUGGUUCACGCGUUUCUCGUCGUACGACGAACUUAUACGUGUGGUCGCGCGUGUGCGCCGUUUUAUCGAUAUUUGUCGCCGACGUCCCGUCGAGAGAUCGACUGCGCUUACUCGAGUGGAGCUCAACGGUGCAACUCGUGCGGUAAUCGCUGCGUCUCAACGUGUCACAUUUCCGACAUUAGUCAGCGAUUUGCAGAAAUUACGUCGCUUAGCUUCCAAGCCGUUGGCACGGCUGUGUCCGUUCGUCGACUCCGAAGGUAUAAUCCGCGUCGGUGGACGCCUACGUCAUUCAGAGUUGCCGUACGAUUGUCGACAUCCAAUUUUGUUAGCUAAAGGCUCGUACCUCGCGCUGUUAGUGUGUCGCCACUGGCACAAAGUCACUGGUCAUUCGGGACCACGUGUAAUGACUUCAUUGAUACACCGGCAAUUUUGGAUUGUGUCGCUGCGUUCCGUUAUCCAUUCCGUCGUUAGUCAAUGCACACGUUGCGUGCGCCUCCGUGCGUCUAUCCCCACGCCGGUCAUGGCGGAUUUACCAGAAGCACGGGUGUCGCAAUGUCGUCCGUUUUCCAGUGUCGGCGUUGAUUAUGCCGGGCCUAUAGCUAUGCGCGAAAAUAAACUACGAAAAUCUAGGACGUACAAGGCAUAUAUAGCAGUAUUCGUAUGUAUGAGCGUCAAAGCCGUCCACUUAGAACUCGUAUCGGAUUUGUCCACUUCGGCCUUUCUCGCCGCCUUUGACCGUUUCGUCGCUCGACGCGGCCUGCCUACGACGGUCUAUUCCGACUGUGGGACAAAUUUUGUUGGUGCCGACAGACAAUUGCGUCAGCUGAUUAAUGGCCCCGCCGCACAAUCAAUAAUCACGUCGGGGAAGUCCUAUUGCGAUUGGAAGUUUAAUCCCCCCAGUGCACCGCACUUUGGAGGGUUGUGGGAGGCCGCAGUACGCUCAGCUAAACGUCUGCUCGUUCGGAUUAUGGGUGUCCAUACGUUCACUUAUGAAGAAUUCACCACAGUAUUAUGUCGAGUUGAAGCUGUGCUGAACUCACGUCCCAUCACUCCAGUGUCGACCGACCCCCACGACCUCGACUGCCUAACGCCGGGCCAUUUUUUGAUAGGCCAGCCGCUGUUAGCGCUCCCGCCGCGUACUACUGAGUGUCCGGACCGCCCGCUCACGGACCGUUGGAAGCUGCUGGACCAUUGCCACCAACACUUCUGGCGCCGUUGGUCUACCGAGUACCUGCACACGCUGCAAGAGCGAAGCAAAUGGGCUCACGGUCAACCCAAUAUUGAAGCCGGCCAGAUGGUCACCAUCCGGGAUAACCUAGCCCCUCCCUUGGAAUGGCGACUUGGACGAAUACUCGAGGUAUUGCCGGGUAAGGAUGGCGUG